UCACCAUAACCAGUUUUGGAAGAAUUUUGUGUUUAACGAGGAAAUGACGUCAAAAAUGCAGCCUUCUACAGGUUAAGGCACCGUUAACCGAGAAGACCUGGGGACGAGAUUGAGUUGUUUUCGUUGUAAACACUAAAAUGACGGACACUUCACUCGUUUCAAGAGUAAGAACUACAGCUGGAACUAGGCGAAAUAAUGGCUAAAAAUAUAGCAAAAACAGCAAGAAGACAACUCCUCGAUCUCCAUAAUUCUUCAUAAGAUACUCAGCCUCAUUCAACAAUUGUUAAUUAUUGAAACCCGUUAUAGGCGUUUGUUCUCUCUAACUGAGGUUAGCUGUCUUUUUAUUUAAAUCCUUUCACAUUAGUAAGUAACAGAAACAAUCGUUUUUCCCCAUUUCGAAGAUUACGCAACAAUGCCGAUAAUCAUAUUUCGAGCUUGGGCUUCCUGUGGGUAAUGUCACGUUAAUGGGGUUAGUGCAUUAUUUAACUUCGAUUUCCUACAGUCCGUGUAACGAUUGAACAUGUUAAAAUUGAUAACUUUGUUACUCUUUUAGUAAGAAAGGGUAUUACUGUCAUCACGUUCAUGUUCCUUAGCAGUAAUUAUAGCAUGAAUACUUUGCUGGGUUAAGAUAACCCAGGGUUAGUGCAAAGUUUGAUCUCAAAUAUGAGACUUAAAAAGUAAAUUCAGUUUAAAUCACUUUGCAUACACUUUGAUGAUUGGAUGCUCUAAAAAGAAUAGAGAGAAUCAUUCGAGAGAAAGCUUUUGAUUAAAAGAAGAAGAAACGCGGGUUAAAAUUUAACCCCCGGUUAGCGCUAACCGGCGUUCGAACAACUGGGCCCAGUUGUUCGAUCGAUGGAGUAACGACUGAUAGGUACCUUAAUCGCCACACACAAUACAAGACUGAUGUAUUCAGACGUAAGUUGCCAGAGACUCCUCACUAAAGGCAUCAUUAUUUGUCCUUAGCGGAGCAGACAGUACCAGGAACACCUGGUCCCAGUCCCCAAGACAGCAGCGCGGAUCAUAUGGAUAACAGCAUUACUAACUCAUCUCAACAGCAUAAUGGUAGGUACUUCCGCCCGCCUGCCCGCGGAAAAACCUUGAUAGAUAGCGCCGUAUUCUGGGUGUUUCUUGGUGUGGCGGAAACUAUUGUUGAUUUGCUAUUGUCAUGGUGUGGGUGUUGUUCGGUGUCUUUUCGACCGGGGGGGGGGGACUCUGCAUAUGAAAGGGGUGGGGAUGCUCGUCGUCUCGCUUAAAGGUGUAAAUUUCGGAUUUUGGCCUCACUUGGGGUGUUCUGGGCAAAACGUCAUAAUAUUUAGCUUUAGGGUUGCACGCGAAAAAAUAUAAAAAAUAUAUUGUCUGUGUCUUAACAUGGUCUCCUUUAGGGGUCAAAAAAAGGUUGGGCCACGCCCAGAUCGGUCUCCUUUAGGGAUUUAAUUCAAAAUUUCCGACGAGCAUCCCCACCCCUUUCAUAUGCGGAGCCCCCUCCCCGGGCUUUUCGAUUCUUUGUAUUUAAUUACGUCACACUGGUGAUUUCACCCGUCCGACACCAACACCAACAAUAAUACACCGUAUUCUCUUCACAACGCCUUGAUCUUAUUAGCGCAUAUUACAUUAGUAUUUCCUGGACAGAAGGGCAAAUUAGCAAUAGAAAAGCACUGAGUUCCACUAAUGAAGAAGCUUUAGCAAAAUAUUUCGUGUCCUAAGAUACUUUCGGAUUGGAUGAACUGUGCACAUGUCAAGAAAACUUAUUAAGCUCCGAUAAAAAGUCGCUUGUAAAAAAAUACUGUUUAAUUAGGAUGUAACUUUUGGUAGUACAAGGACAGCUCCCUUUCGUUAACUCGCUUAUCGAAUUUAUGUUUUCUGGUUUAGUGAAAUUGUAAAACUAGACGACGUAGUGUAUCGCUGUUUAUAGUUUUUGAAAAUGAUUUUUCUCUUUUUGUUUUUCUUUAAGCGGUUUUCAGAGGAACUGACCAGGUACCGAGCUCAAACCCAGACUCUCCUCACCAGUCGUUAGGAGGAUGUUCAUUCGAUAGUGAUGGUGAGUUCAGUCAUGUCAGCAAGGAGACAGCAGCCUUUUUUGUUGUACCUUCUAAGCAUUGUAAAACUUAAUUUCGUUGUCUCCUUUGUAGAAAGCGACGACGACAGCACAUCGUCCGCUUGUGAUGAAGCGGAGAAGGGACUUCAGCAACUGGAAAGACUGCUAUUAUCACUUGAGCCUUCUCUCUACUACUCAGAUGGUUAGUAUUGUAGAGUUACUUUACCCCACCCCCCUUAGAAGAAAAGUCUUGGUAGGCAAUAGAGCCUCUCCUCUCCUCCAGGCCUGCGCGGUUUCUCAAACCUUGAAAAAACGUUUCGGUCCCGGAUAGCUAUUAAAAGUGCACAAAGUUCAUAGUAGAUGUGAUUUUUUAAUAAAUUUCAAAUGCGAAAACUUUACAAGGUCGAGAAGUAUGUUGGCUUGCUUUGAGCAAAAACGCCCAAGGAUCGUUAAAAAAUGGAUAUGAAAAAAAGCCUUUUCUGGGCCUGAAAACUCUUCGGGAGCUUUUACAAAUGCACUCCAGAAAAGUUAUACAUCUCACCCUCACAGAAAAAUUACUGUGCCCCUCGUAACUUUGCGCCGGUAAACGAAAGUAAAGUGCAUUCGAUUACGCCAAAAAUGUUUUGAAGAAAUUACGGGACACGAAGCCAUCUUUAUAGAUUUUCCAUUGACCCUAGUAAACAAUAUGGAAAAUAUUGCGGUAUUUUCGACAUUGCAAUCUAUUUCUGUUAUAGUGAUCCUUGUCAAUAAAACGCAUGCUAGACGAGAGUAGAUUUUUGACGUUUGUUCCUCUUUGUUUUGUGUCCCCGUAUGAAAUUAUAUAUUUUAAACUGUUUGGAGAAUUUAAACAGUCUUCUUCUUUUUUCUAGAUGGAGGUCACCUGGUCAAAAACAGGUAAACUGAAUAUGUCACUUCAUCCAGCAAGCGACCGCUGAAUAACUUGCAUUUCGUGUCUGUUCUGGUUUAAGUGUCUGAAGUUUUAGUCAUUUUUGUCUGAAAUCUGAACUUUUCAGAGAACAGCAAGGUGAAAAGUCGUUGCCAAAAACACUAAAUAAGAUGUCCACAAUAGAAGAAGUAGACGUCAAGAAAACACUAGAUGAAAUUGCUAAAAUAGAAGGUAAUGUAUGCUUCUUACGUGGCCUUUUUUUAAACUUUUCACUGAAAAACAUGUAG